GACCAUGACAACCAAGCGCGGACUGAUAACUGAUUCAUUCAAGGUGGUGAAGAAAGCAAAGAAGGAGGGGAAACGAGAGAAGAGGCCUCCUCCUCCUCCUCCGCCGCCACAGCAAGGAGCUGAAAGUGAACCAGAGGAGAGGCUCCAGAGGCUCAGACAGUUCGAUCUGGACUGGAGAUUCGGGCCCUGCACGGGAAUCAGCAGGCUGCAGAGAUGGGAGCGAGCACAACUUCAUGGUCUGAAUCCACCUGAGGAGGUCAGAGACCUGCUGCUGCAAACACACACGGACUCCGCGUACAACUUUAGCCUGUGGAGGGAAUAUCCGUUGUGAGGAGGAAGACAUAAAGAGAGAAAAAGAACGCACACUCCAACAAAAUCACAAGAAGUUUCCCUUCUGAAAAACAUUCACAGGAAAAAUAUGCAAACCUCGCGUAGAGCCGCAGAGGACCAACAGAAUAAUGUUUUCUACAGUGUGCUAAGUCGUCUCCUACAAGACAAAGUUUGUAACAUUUUAAAUAAAAUCUUUCAAAACGUG